AUGCCCGGGGGCAGGCUGCACCGCUGGCGGUGGCCGCAGGGUGCCCGUCCACAGCAGGCGGCAGCUGUUAACUCACGGAAGAAAAUACUUCGCGUGUGCUGGUACUUCCCGUUUCAACCGGUGGCUGUAGCUGGAGAUGGAGAAAAAGAUGCGCUGCCCCAUUGCAACUUGCAGGUUUACACGUACACCUGUGAUGUGGGCAAAAGAGAAAAUGUCUACUCAACAGCUGAGAGAGUCCGCAAGGAGGUUGGCGAGGUCUCUGUCCUGGUUAACAAUGCUGGUGUGGUCUCUGGACACCAUCUUCUGGAGUGUCCUGAUGAGCUCAUUGAGAGGACCAUGAUGGUCAACUGUCACGCACACUUCUGGACCACUAAAGCAUUCCUUCCCAAGAUGCUGGAAAUGAAUCAUGGACACAUUGUCACAGUUGCAAGUUCCUUGGGCUUGUUCAGUACUGCUGGAGUAGAGGAUUAUUGCGCCAGCAAAUUUGGAGCUGUAGGUUUCCACGAGUCUUUGAGCCAUGAAUUGAAGGCUGCUGAAAAGGACGGAAUCAAAACAACUUUAGUGUGCCCUUAUCUUGUAGAUACAGGAAUGUUUAGAGGGUGUAGGAUCAGAAAAGAAAUUGAGCCUUUCCUUCCACCCUUGAAACCAGAAUACUGUGUGAAGCAGGCUAUGAGAGCUAUCCUUACAGACCAGCCAAUGAUCUGCACACCUCGCCUCAUGUAUAUGGUCACCUUCAUGAAAAGUAUUCUGCCCUUUGAAGCAGUUGUGUGCAUGUACCGAUUUUUGGGAGCAGACAAGUGCAUGUACCCUUUCAUUGCUCAAAGGAAACAGGCUACAAACAACAAUGAAGCAAAAAAUGGAAUUUAACACUGUUUUGGAUGGACUAACAUUUAUAGGUGAAUACGAUGUUAUAUGACUGAAUUGCAAAGUGCACUUGCAUCUAAUAGAUGCAAAUGUCAACAUCUUACUGUGGCAUUCUCUUGGGUCCUAAACCUGUGUAUUGAACUCUAAAAAUCAAUGGUUUUUUUUAUAUACUGUAAAUAAAACUGACUAGAGUACUUGGAAAAUGUGAUAGGUAAGCAAAGUGAAUUUACAAUGUAGCUGCCACCAUUGUCCUUUAGAAUAUCACUGUAUGUACAGUAAACUAGUCAUACUACUUGUAGGGAUGCACUGUGUGAUAUCUCUUUCUCAGCCUGCCAAGGCUUGUAAGAGCUGUCUCCAACUAGAAGAUGCAAUGUUUCAGAAAUUGUCUUUCCCUAUGUUAUUUCGGAAGGGAGAAGAAUGGAAGUCUUGAGAUUUAAGCUACUGCUCAUGACCUUUUAGCAAAUUUAAGGACAGUUUCUGAAUGCAUCUCUUCACUUGUUCACCCAAGCUCUCUAAAGGACACAUGGCCAAAUUGUGGUGUAAUUCUCUUUUGUAGCAACUGUGUGUGUUCUAUUUAAACAAAGAUUAAAAAUAUGUAAAUCUCUGCCGAUUCAAAGGCAAGUGAAUGUCUCAAAUACUCUCAGAGCAAACUUGUACUGGGCAUCUGGUUUUCUAGGAAUGUGGUCAAUGAUUUAAACUGACUUUUUUUCAAGUUACUUGAUUUGAAAUAUGCUCUGUUCUGUUUCCCCCUAUGUGUCAGAGUCCAAUCUGCUGUUAUGGACUAUGAUUCUUUUCUUCCUCCUCAUUCUUACUUCUGAGAGAGUUCUCUCACCCCCCAAGGAAGCUGUUGUAUUAAAUUUCUGUAACUGGACUUGUGCCUAAAAGACAAAGCAACUCAGCUGAGAUACAAACUGUUUAUGUAAGUGCUGGUCAUAUGCCAAUUAUUAGCGAAGGAAAAACAGAAUAAUGCCUGAUGCAACUCUACAUACAGAAUAUGGAAGGGUGUAAAGAUUUUUUGAGUUGUACUCACAUUGUAGAACAGCAAAUAACACUUUUACAGUAUUUUUUGUAAAGCGAACAAUUUUGUGCCUUGAAUUUGGUAAUCUGUAUUAGUGAAGCAUUGUAAAAGUGAACUUCUACCUCUGUAUCUUAAUGUAUACCAUCCACUUGUAAACUACUAUUGGACAAAUUGUGAUUACUUUUUUAGAAUGUCUUGUUAAAUAGUGACCAAUGCCUGUGGUUAUUAAAGUGAGCCACCUUUUCCUUAAA